CAGGCGAGAAUCGGGAGGAGGAGCCGCCUGCAAGGAUAGGCCCAGGAGCAAUGGCGUCCAAAAAGGAACUAGCAGUAAAAAAUCUCAUCAUGGAAAAGGCCCACCAGGAAAACGAAGGAGCGGACCAGGCCCUUGUGCAGAAUGAGGAGGAAUCACGCAAUUUGGGAGGAGGCGAAGCCCAGAAACCUGGAGGAAAUGUCAGGCUGGGGUGGGUUAAGCGACUUGUCCCUAAUUUUCGACGGGCCAUAUCUAACAAGCGUGCUGAUCACAAUGAAGUGGGAGAUAACGUAGAAAAGAUCGCAAUGCACCGGAUGGAAAUCAGGAGAAAGACCAGGGAGCAGCAAAUGAGACAUGUUGUACGCUUCCAAACUCCUGAACCUGAUAAUCAUUAUGACUUUUGCCUUAUACCUUAAAUCCUAAGGUUUUCACUGAGGUUAAUAAUGUGGCCUCUACUCCAAAAGCUAGUAGUUUUGUGAUUUACUUUUCUGUAAACCUUUUGAUGUUUCCUCUUACUAGUUUCUAAUUGAAUAAUGUUUUUGUCUCAGCAUAAAACUCUUUGUCCAGCAAGGCAAUUUCACCAAGUUUUUGGAAAAAUAUUCUUUUCAUGUUGUAAAGAAUUAAUAAAGCAGCUUAAAAACCAA